ACGUCAGCGCCACUCAGCCCCUGCCCCUGCUCCAAGGAAGCUACGAGUGGGUGGGAGACCCCGUGGAUGCGUCCUGGAAGAGCGCGCGGAUUGUGACUGUCAACUGUGCAGCAGCAGGAACAUCACCGGUCUGAGGUAAAGAACGCAAUCGCCAUGGAUAAAAGCGAGCUUGUGCAGAAGGCCAAACUGGCCGAACAGGCCGAGCGUUAUGACGACAUGGCCUCCGUGAUGAAGCAGGUGACGGAGAAGGGAGAGGAGCUGACGGACGAGGAGCGGAACCUGCUCUCGGUGGCCUACAAGAACGUAGUGGGGGCGUGCCGCUCGGCGUGGAGGGUCGUCUCCAGCAUCGAGCAGAAGAUGAAGCUGGAGAGCAGUGACAAGGAGCAGAUCGCCAAAGAGUAUCGCGAGAAGAUCGAGUCCGAGCUGCAGACCAUCUGCAACGACGUGCUGCAUCUCUUGGACAAGUUCCUGAUCCGCACCUCGUCUCCAGCCGAGAGUCAGGUGUUCUACCUGAAAAUGAAGGGAGAUUAUUAUCGCUACCUGGCCGAGGUCGCCGUGGGAAACGACAAAACAAGCAUCGUGGAUAAAUCCCGGGAGGCCUACCAGGCUGCGUUCGACAUCAGCACAGAGAACAUGCAGCCCACUCACCCCAUCCGACUGGGCCUGGCGCUCAACUUCUCCGUCUUCUACUACGAGAUCCUCGGCUCACGCGAACAGGCCUGCGAACUCGCCAAGAAGGCGUUCGAUGAUGCGAUUGCCGAGCUUGACCAGCUGACCGAGGACUCGUACAAAGACAGCACGCUGAUCAUGCAGCUGCUCCGGGACAACCUGACACUGUGGACUUCAGACAAUCAGGAGGAGACGGAGGAGGGACGGGAAAACUGAGAAGAAUAAACACAAACAAACAAACAAAAACUGCUGAGAGCCUGAUACACACUCUCUGCUCCUCCACACCAGCCUCUCCUGUUCGUGUGUGUGUGUGUGUGUGUGUGUGUGUGUGUGUGUGUGUGUGUGUUUAGGAGGGUGAGUUGAUCUGGAGAUUUGAUCAUGCCAUGGGGCACAAACUAGAGGGAGGGAUCAUUUUUAAUAAACUGGACACACUCAUGUAUGUGUGUGCUUUAUACCUACAUGUAAAUGUUGUUUUGGUGUGUGUGUGUGUGUGUGUGAGAGAGAGAGAGAGUUUGCUUAGAGGUUCAAACUGAAAUUGGACUCCAGUCUGAACCGAUACAUCGAUAUUAAAUCCCUGUAUUGUGAUAAUUGCCAAACUUUUUUAUUGCGGUUCAUGAUAUCAUUGUACUAAUCUAUUUAACAAUUUACACUCGAUAUUUUCCAAAUGUCCGGAUCACAUGAUCAUCUGGUAAUAUUCGGUUCUCGGCACGCGCUCGUCCCCGAGCUUCGCCUUUUCUCGGUUCGCACCGAACACCAGGAAGUUGAGCGCUACGUCAGAGGGUUUGUGCUGUUAUAGUUUUAAGUGAAACAAACUGAGCUUACUUUUGUUUUUGUUUUUAAAUGUAAAAAUCUGAUAAACGUAGCCUGGGUUUUUUAUUAUUAAUUAAUCUUGCAUUUUGUUAGCAUGACAUAGAAAUAAGUAAAUCUGAGCGUCUGUACCGCGUGUGUGUGAGGCCUCGGCUUGCCGUGGAAAAGACUGUUUAAUGACGGGUGAGUGUUGAUCUGUGGAGGUGAAACUCGUAGCUUUAUUACGUAACAUUCUUACCUUGGGAACAGUUUCGGGGUUAAAUUAGCCACCAGGUUUUUAAGCGUCUACUUUCAGGUUCUUCUCAAAUUCGGAAGCGUAUUCGUUGUGAAAUAUCACGACUUUGUUUAGGUUCGUCACGCGCUCCAGCGUCCGACUCUAACGCCACUGUUUCUGCACUACUGUUGGGGUUUUCUUUCUUUACAUCAGCGUGUCGUGUCAUUGUCGCCGUCAUCUCGGGGGUGUGUGUGUGUGUGUGUGUGUGGCUCAGGUCAGUUAAUCAGGGUAAGUGAACAUCUGUGCUAGUUCCAGCCGUGUGUCUGUACCACAGCUCAGCGUGUCACUGUUACUGUCAGCGGUAAUCAGGUGGGACGGGUUCAUUUCAGCCAAAUAAAGACAAUGACAAACAAAAA